AUGAGAUGGCAAGUCUUUGACUGCCGUACCCUUGUCGCCACGUGCCCCGCUUCAAACUCCUUAUAUAAACACAAGUUUAAACUAAUAAACACAUUCACACACAAGCAGAUGGAGGACAACCGAAGCAAUACCCCAAGCACCGGCGAAAAAAUCCCGGUUACGUCGCUGGAGAUGUCAUCAUCUGACUUUGAAUUUGGAUCUUUGACUCCUUCCUCACCAUCCCAUUCAGAACAUUCUCCCGCCGAUCACCUUUUUCUCAACGGCCGUCUUUUACCACACACUUUUCCCAUGACCCGUUCGGCGUCACGUACCACCAGCGAGAACACAUUCCGGAGUAGCAGCACUAGUAGCCGGAGUAGUGACAGCAGCAGCCAGACAUCUUUUACUCCAAGAACAAGCACUUGCAGUGUCUUCAAAGAAGAGACUAACUUAACUUGUUUUGGUUCUCGGUCUGAGAAGACAAGGAUCGCAAGGUCUGUGACUUGCAGCAUCAGAAAAGAGUCUUAUCAGAGUCAUCACAAGUCAUCCUCAGUACUGGAUUUUAAUAAGAAACCACCAACGAACAAUGGUAAAAGAGUCAAUACUACAACGACGAGUAAACUUUCUUAUUUGCCUACUCAAUGCAAGAGAAAGAAGGCGACGGAGAUCGUGACGGCGCAGCUAUACGGGUCGUAUACGAGGCGGUGGCAGCAUAUAACUCCGGUGUUUAAGAGAGAAGGGUCGGUGAAAAGUAACGGAGGAGGGAUUAAGGUUGGUGGAAGGAAGAAUAGGAAGACGGCGAGGGGGAAGAAGAAGAAGAAGAAGACAAAGGCGGAGGAGAGAAGAGGAAGUAAGUUAAUGAAGUGGUGGAAGAGGGUUUUAAAGGCGGUGAUGUUGGCUUGCAGGGAGUGUCAUGCAAUGGAGCCUCAACGAGUUGUUAAUUAUGAUGCUGAUGUGAAAGAGAAAAUAACAAAAUGUUCAUAAACAAUUUGCAUUGUGUGUAUUUUUUUUUUUGUUUUUAAUCUAUUUCUUAUUUUAUUUUUUCC